AACCCACACAACUGGAUGCCUUUCUAUUGGGAUCUAUGAGGAUCGACUGGUUAGCAGCUAAAAGAGGAGGAGUUAGGCCGACACCUUUAGAGUCAUACUUGUUGACUCACACGACUCGCCGACCUAAUGCUCCAAAAGAUGCCCCACCCGCUUGGAUAUGUCCACAGGCUGAGCAAACAUAUGACGAUGCUCACCAAAAAUAUGUGGAGAAGCAUGGGCCAAACAAGGAUUCAUGGCCAGAAUGGGAUCCAGUUAUCUGGAAGGAGGUGGUUGGACCUCCUAAAAAGGGUCAGAUGAGAGGGAUGUCUACAUUACAGGAUCCAGCAGAGCAUGGCAUCCCUUGGCGACGGUAUGACAUGAGUGACGCCUCCUCUUCUACCACCAGGAUUCUUACGACAUAGGUUCAGUAGUUGCAGUCUGAGCUUAUUCAAGUUCGGGAAGAAAUGGCUGAGCGAGUUCAGACAGAGGUAGUCGCACGUAUUCAUACAGAGGUAUCAUAGAGAGUAUCAAAGAUGGAGGCCAGCUUUGAGAGGAGAUUUCAAGAGCACAUGCGCUUACUUAGCUAGCAAUAUUCUAUGAAUGCUACAUAACCCCAGACUGAUUAUCCUUCUUCUGCACCACCCCAGACUGCUGAUCCUUCUUUUGAAGGAUUUAGACCUGAUCACUUCCCAC